AUGGCGAACAAAAAACGGCCGAUGAAACCUGCGGAGCCACCGAAGAAGCGACUCAAAACCAAUAAGCCUGGUAAAGGCAGCAGGGCCGCCCUGACAGAAGAGGUUACCAACAUCGAUGCGCUGGACUGGCAGACCGUGCAACCUCCCGAUAUCCUCGAAGAUGCUGAGGGGUUCUACGGCCUUGAGGAGAUAGAGGGGGUGGAUAUCGUCAGACCUGCAGGUGGGGAGCAGCUGAAGUUCUUGGCAGCGAAGAGCAGUAUCAAGAACGUCGACGAUAAGGAAUUGGAUGACGAUGACGAUGGAGAGGAGUGGCAAGGGUUUACUGACGACCAACCGGAGCUAGAACAACCGCCAUUGAAGUCGAAGGAAAAAAAGGAAAAGAAAGACAAGAAAGAGAAAGAAAAGCGCAAGGAAGAUAAGGACAGUGAUAAGGUCCAAUCGAUACCCUUCAGUAUUCUGACCGAAGCAGUCGAAGAAGCUGACGUCGACGUCUCGGCUUGGGAUACCCUGGACCUGCGCUCGGAGCUCCAAACCAGCCUCUCCCGCCUCAAGUUUGCCCAGCCAACUCCCAUCCAAAAGGCAGCCAUACCUGAAAUCCUAGCUGGACGAGACGUUAUCGGUAAAGCAGCCACUGGCUCAGGGAAAACACUUGCCUUCGGCCUGCCUAUACUACAGUACCUGUUGGACAGACAGGAACAACACCCUUCAACUCCGUCAACUUCGUCCAAGUCCCAUGGCAAAACGCCAACAGCGCUCAUCCUCUCGCCUACCCGCGAACUUGCACAUCAACUAGUCAAACACUUGAAAGAAGUAACCAGCUCCGCUCCCAAUGUCGAUGCAUACAUUGCCUCCAUCACAGGUGGGUUAUCCGUGCACAAACAGCAACGCCAACUUGCCGAAGCAGAUGUCAUAGUUGGCACCCCCGGUCGACUCUGGGACAUGGUCAGCUCCACGCCCAAAAUCCUCACCAAGUUGCGGCUCAUCAAGUUUCUUGUAGUUGACGAGGCGGACCGACUACUUAGCGAGGGCCAUUUCAAGGAAGUAGGUGAAUUGCUUUCCGCUCUUGACAAGGCGAGGACGUCCGAUGAAGACAUUGACGACGAUUCCGAAGAGGAAGAUGAGACCGUUGAGAGACAAACGUUAGUCUUUUCUGCAACGUUUCAAAAGGGGCUUCAGCAGAAACUGGCAAAAAGAGAUAAUUCGUUCCACGAUAAUCUGUUGGAUAAGAAGGAGUCGAUGGAGUAUCUUCUCAAGAAACUCCGGUUUAGAGAUGAGAAGCCUCGCUUUAUUGAUGUCAACCCCAUCUCGCAGAUGGCAGAUAACCUCAAAGAGGGCAUCAUUGAAUGCUCAGCCAUGGAGAAGGACCUCUAUCUCUACGCAGUGCUGCUAUACUACCCAAAACACUGCACCCUAGUCUUUACCAACUCAAUCUCCUCCGUGAGAAGAUUAACUCACUUCCUACAAAACCUCAACCUCCCUGCUCUCUCUCUGCACUCCUCCAUGGCCCAAAAAGCUCGUCUGAGAGCCGUUGAACGCUUUUCCUCCCCUACGGCUGACCCUUCUCCCAUACUCAUUGCCACAGAUGUCGCCGCCAGAGGCCUGGACAUGCAGGGAAUCGACCUCGUGGUUCACUACCAUGUCCCCCGCACGGCAGAUACCUACAUCCACCGAUCUGGCCGCACAGCCCGCGCCUCGGCUUCCGGGAAAUCUAUCCUGAUCUGUGCUCCCGAGGAAACAGCAGGGGUAACCCGUCUCGUUGCCAAAGUCCACCACACGCACAAACGCAAGGCUUCCUCCAAGGACCCCCAGCUGCACUCCAUACAUCUUGACCGCGGAAUCGUAACCCGCCUCCGGCCCCGUGCAACGCUCUCAAAAAAGAUAACAGAAUCCACCAUCGCCAAGGAAAAGAUCUCUUCUGAAACGGACUGGCUACGUUCCGCUGCGGAAGACCUAGGCGUAGACUACGACAGCGAAGAGUUCGCUGAGCAGGAAUCGAAGAGCCGUGGUCGUGGCCGGGGCGGUGGACGCCAAGCUAAGGAGAGACAAGCGAGUAACAUAUCCAAGGCUGAAAUGGCCAGGCUGCGUGCUGAACUGCGUGAUAAUCUUUCCAAGAGGGUCAAUCUAGGUGUGAGCGAGCGGUAUCUUACCUCUGGCAAGCUAGAUAUUGACGCUUUGUUGAAAAGUGAGGGAAACCCUGCAUUCUUGGGUCACGUCGAGAAACUAGACUUUUAA